AUGCAUAUUCAUGAGCAAGUGAUGUCAGCGGCGGCUGCAAAUCAGGUCUGCGGCCGCCGGGAAGCGCCAUUUGCCGGUACGAAAUUUACAGGAUCUCCAAUCAAAUUAAAGGUGUCCCAGGGUCAGCCCGUGAAACUAAAUUGCACCCUCGAGGGAAUGGAAGACCCAGAGAUGUUGUGGAUGAAGGAUGGAGCUGUGGUGCAGGGUGUAGACCAGGUGUACAUUCCAGUAGAUGAAGAACACUGGAUCGGUUUUCUCAGCUUGAAAUCCGUCGAACGGACAGAUUCUGGGAAGUACUGGUGCCAGGUUGAGUACAGGGGGAAGAAGGAAGAAUCGCAGCAAGUGUGGCUCAUAGUGGAAGGUGUGCCCUACUUUACUGUGGAGCCUCAGGAUGUAUCUGUGUCCCCCAACGCCCCGUUUCACAUGGCCUGUGCUGCUGUUGGCCCUCCCGAACCAGUAACCAUUGUUUGGUGGAUGGGAGACUCCAGAGUGGGGCUUCCCGACAUCUCUCCUUCCAUCCUGAAUGUGUCAGGUAUUAAUCAAAGCGCAGUUUUCUCCUGCGAAGCCCACAAUGUAAAGGGACUGUCUUCAUCCCGGACAGCCACUGUCCAAAUUAAAGCAAUGCCUCUCCCACCUAUCAAUGUGACGGUAACCCAAGUCACCAGUUACAAUGCCAGCAUUACGUGGGUUCCAGGAUUUGAUGGUCGCUCUCCCCUUCACUCUUGUACUGUUCAGGUGGCAGAGUCCCAUGAUGAUCAAGACAUCUCAACAGAAGUAAUUCCUGUCCCUUCAUUUGCCUACGGUUUACAAGGAUUACAGCAUUCCACCAAUUACAGUGUUCGUGUACUGUGCACCAAUGAAAUGGGCAGCUCCCCUUUCACAGACUGGGUUUAUUUUCAGACUCUGGGGUUGGCUCCAAGCAGUAUCCCACAAAAUGUCCAUGUCAUCCAAGGAGAAUCUAGCCUGAUUUUGGAGUGGGAAGGAGUGGCGCCAGAAAUAAUGAAGGAAAAUCUACUGGGAUACAGACUAGAGUGGAGUCAAGACAAUGUCACUCAGGGAGAGAUGAUAGUGCAGGAGACAACAGCCAAUCUUACAACAUGGAAUCCUCUAAAAGACCUCAUCAUCAGAGUGUGUAUACUGAACUCAGCUGGGUGUGGACCCUGGAGUGACCCUCUAGUGGUUGCAGCUCAAGAGGUUUUAGGUGGCCAGAGACAGCCCCCUUAUGGGACAUCGUGGGUUCCUGUAGCUUUGGGCAUUCUCACUGCCCUGGUGACAGCUGUUGCCCUGGCACUGAUUCUCCUUCGGAAAAGAAGAAAAGAAACUCGAUUUGGUCAUGCCUUCGGCAGUGUGGUCGGCAGGGGGGAGCCAAUGGUCCAUUUCAGAGCUGCCAGGUCUUUCAACAGGGAAGGCCCAGAGCUUAUUGAGGCAACAUUGGAGAGCAUAGGGAUCAGUGAUGAUCUGAAAGCCAAACUCAAGGAUGUCUUAAUUCAGGAGCAACAGUUUACUCUAGGCAGGAUGCUAGGCAAGGGGGAGUUUGGCUCAGUUAGAGAAGCACUACUGAAGCUACAGGAUGGCUCUUUCCAGAAAGUAGCAGUGAAAAUGCUGAAAGCGGACAUCUUCACCUCAAGUGACAUUGAGGAGUUCCUGCGAGAAGCUGCCUGCAUGAAGGAGUUUGACCACCCUCAUGUUACUAAAUUGAUUGGUGUCAGCUUGCGGAGUCGUCCCAAGGGCCGUCUCCCAAUACCCAUGGUGAUCCUGCCCUUCAUGAAGCACGGAGACCUUCACGCUUUUCUGCUGAUGUCGCGGAUUGGAGAAAAUCCUUUUAAUUUGCCUCUUCAGACAUUACUCAAGUUCAUGAUCGAUAUUGCCAGUGGUAUGGAGUACUUGAGCUCAAAAAACUUUAUACACAGGGACCUGGCUGCUCGGAAUUGCAUGUUGGAUGAAAAUAUGAAUGUAAGUGUUGCAGACUUUGGACUGUCUAAGAAAAUUUACAGUGGAGACUAUUAUCGCCAAGGCUGUGCCUCCAAGCUGCCUGUGAAGUGGCUUGCACUAGAGAGCCUCGCGGAUAAUCUUUACACAACACACAGUGAUGUGUGGGCAUUUGGUGUGACCAUGUGGGAGAUUGUGACCCGAGGACAGACUCCAUAUGCAGGCAUUGAGAAUGCAGAAAUCUACAACUACCUCAUCAGCGGAAACAGGCUGAAGCAGCCCCCGGAGUGCCUGGAAGAUGUCUAUGAUCUCAUGUGCAGAUGCUGGCAUCCUGAGCCCAAGUUCAGACCUAGCUUUGCUAUGCUGAAAUUACAGCUGGAAAUGAUUCGGGGGAGAAUGUCUACACUCUCUUCCAGUCAAGAUCCUCUGUAUGUCAACAUUGGGACAGACAAAGAGGCUUCUGGGUGUGACCCUGCCCUGCACACUUCAUUUGGAGAUUUGGACAAUGAAGAGAAUGUUGCUGGAGCAGCUGCUGCUGUCACUAGUAACUACCGUUACAUCAUGAGCCCUCUGUGCCUUGGGAAUGAUGCUGAAGGUGAAAGACAUUCAGAUGCAGCUGAAGGGGAGGCCAGGAGCCUUCUGCAUGAACUGGAGUUGGAAGGAGAAAAGAGUUGUUAGCCUGUAAGGAAAAAGACACUCCAUUUCCCCAAGAAGGGAUGUAUUCAGCUGUAUUACCAUGUUGCACUGCUUUUAAAGCCAGUGGUGGGAUGCUUCUAAGGAGCACAAGUAGUUGCCAGUAUCUGUUUGAGCUGUAGUUGUGGACAGCUCAGGAAGAUCACAAAUCAUACUCACCCUCUGGAUUUGUUGGGGGUAGGAUUAAAGGUUGAUCACAUCAGAUGGGAGCGGUUUCAGAGCAGUGGCAGCCAAUGAGAGCUUGUGCUCAGCUAAUUCUCAUUGGCUGCUGGAACAGAGUGUACUGUACCUGCUAGUCAAUCAGUGCUCACUAUUUUGUGGGUGUUUUUUUUCCAUUCCAGUUGUGUGAGUUUGGGACUGGUACAUCUAGAAGCACUAGCAAUUUACACAGUCAUUCAGGACAUAAGGGAAGAAAAGCCCCCUUGUGUUCACUCAGCAGUACUGUCUAGACCUGUCACCUACCUCAGUGGUUCUCAAGCUGUGUUCUGCAGAGUUGUUUUUAUCCAGCCAAGACAUUAAACAUCUGGCAUUUUCAAGCAGUGACACUUGUCACUAGACACAGCCCAGUCCAGGCUCUCUAAGACUUUCCUGGCACAUUUGUGAGCAACUAAAUUGAAACCAACAAAAAGCCAGCCCCUUUCUCUACCCAGUGCGCCUGUUAAUUUUAGCCCUGAUCAAACUUUCAGCUGAGAUUAAAAAUGGAAGUGGGGGGUCUGGCAUGCAUGACAACAGAAUCCAUCUGCAAAGAAACCUAAUGAGAGUAGUGCAGAGUGGGGCCGGCAGCCAUGGGGGAAACAGUACUAAUGAAUGUAAAGUGCUACACUUAGGAUGAGGAAAGAAACAGUGGAAAUAGAGAAUGAGGGUCUGUAAGCAAGUGUGGACUUCAGUGGGAGCAGGCUCCAGCAUUUGCUUUUAAAGGAGAAUAGAUUAAUAUCAUCUUUUUAACUGCCUGAUUAUUUUUUCACAUCACCAAACACUGAAGGCACAGAAGAAUGGGUGUGGGAUCAAUGUUGGUGGGAAAGGGGCCAACAAGGGGGAGAGCUGUAUCUAAAAAAGUAGUCCUCAGUAUGAAAAAUGUUUGAGAACCACUGGCGUUCCUGACUUCUGGCGUCUUGUAAAAGAUCAGCCACACUGGAGCAUUCACAAGUAUCACUGCAAACAUCGAGGCAGGGAGAAAGUUGUAUUUUAACUCUAUGAGGUUUUCUUCCCUCAAAUUGGCAUGUCUGACCAUUAUAAUUGCAAAGGGUUUAUGUAUGUUUUUAAUAAUUUAAUAUUUUAAUGUAAAUCAGUGAGUGUUUUCGUGCAGGGUUUCCCAAUACUUGCAGGGAAACUGCAGUACACCUUACCCGGGUUAUCUGAAUGUUUACUAGGCCUUGAUUUUUUUCUCUUAAUUUCCUGCAUUCUGAAGACUUCCACAGGUUCAUGCGACUUAAGGUUCUAUGUUGCUCUUCCCUGGGAAUGAAUGCUGCAAAAUUCAGUUUAUAUUUUUAAUGACUUGAUAAUGAUGGGAGCAAGGUGCAUAAUUUGAAUGCAGAUCUGGGAAGUGAACAGUCCAAACUUUGGUGUCCAAGAUUUUCAUUCAGCCCAUUGUAAAGAUGGGGAUAGACUCCAAAAUUUGGAUCUGCUUUGAAUCAGUUUUUAGAGCAGAGAUCAGCAACAUAUAGUCCACAAAUCAAGGGGGCUUCAGCGGCAUGCUGGGGCCAGGCAGCAAGGAGCUGAACUGGGGUUGAGCAGCUGGGACCUGCACCAGUGCCACAGCAAGGUGUUGGGGAGAAGCAAUGGCAUUGAUCAGGUGGGAACACCAGCCCACUUCAGACCCAAGCCAGGUCAUUCUGGCCUGCAGUUCUGAAACUUUGCUGACUGCUGGUGUAGAGCAGGAGUUUUCAACCUUCUCGGAUCAUUGUAUCCCCGGCGGCCAGACAUGGAGCAGUGUACCCCUGGCAGCCAGAUGCCGGGGAGGAAGGGGGGGACGGGUUGCGCGUGGCUGAAUGUGGAGCAGCAGUAGCUGCCGCGUGUGAGCUUCCCUUGCUCCCCCCAUGUCCAGCUGGGUGGGUGGUGCCUGCACGACAGCGCAGGAUGCUGCAUGGUGGUGCUCCAUCCCCGCCAAUCCAUGUGUACCCUCUGGGCCUUCUCAAGUACCCCUGGGGGUAUGCAUAUCCCCGGUUGACAACCCCUGGUUUAGAGCACUCAAAGCUUGGGGUAGUUUGGAUCUGAGGGUUUGGCUAGAGCUUUUCUCUGUCAUAUUUUUAAAUCUACUUAAACUGAAACCCAAAAGCAACGAUGCCCUAGUGAUGCCUCCCAGAAGUAUUGAACAGUAUCUCAGUCAUUAGUAUGACAUGCACCAUCUUAUACACCAGAUAAUCUCAAUUUUUUAAUCCAGUUUACAAGAAAACCCAGGGCACAGGUGAAAAAAUAACACUUAACAAGGAGUAUUGUUUUACCACAAAGCCUGUGCAGGGGUGCGUGUUUUGUUGUAAGGGCUGAAGGCUAAGCUCCGUGCAGCCUCCUGGGGAGGGCAGAUGUACAUAUCACUCUAACUCUUGGAAGCAUGUCAUUAGUUUUUAUGCUUUUUUAACAAUAAAAUGUGUACUGUG